AUGGCAGUGAGCUCGAUCAAGAACUCGAUCGAGUCGAGUUUCGAACAAACGAACUCGAUCGAGCUGGGGGCUGAGAGCAAGGAGCAAGCUCAAGGAGAUUGGUCUGAGCUUAAGGCGCCUAAAGUCGACCUCAAACCUUUGCCUGAGGGCCUCAGGUAUGCAUUUCUGGGUGAAAACUCAACUUACCCUGUCAUUGUGAACUCUGAUUUGGAACCUGAACAGUUGAGUGCUUUGCUUGUUGAAUUGAGAAAGUACAGAAAGGCAAUAGGUUACACUCUAGAUGAUAUCAAGGGGAUCUCCCCUGACCUAUGCAUCCAUAGGAUUCAUCUAGAGGAUGAAAGUAAGUCAAGCAUUGAACCUCAGAGAAGGUUGAACCCCAAUCUAAAGGAAGUAGUGAAGAAAGAGAUACUCAAGUUGCUUGAUGCUGGGAUAAUCUAUCCCAUCAGUGAUAGCACUUGGAUAUCUCCAGUUCAUUGCGUCCCAAAGAAAGGGGGGAUCACUGUCAUUAAAAACGACAAAGAGGAGCUGAUUCCCACUAGAACAAUAGUGGGGCAUCGCAUGUGUAUUGACUAUAGGAAGCUAAAUUCAGCAUCUAGAAAGGAUCAUUUCCCUCUCCCUUUCAUUGAUCAGAUGUUAGAAAGAUUGGCAAACCACCCCUUUUAUUGUUUUCUUGAUGGCUACAGUGGUUUCUUCCAAAUCCCGAUCCACCCUAAUGAUCAGGAGAAGACCACUUUCACAUGCCCUUAUGGCACCUUUGCUUAUCGAAGGAUGCCAUUUGGGCUGUGCAAUGCUCCAGCUACUUUCCAGAGGUGCAUGACCUCCAUUUUUUCAGAUCUGAUAGAGGAGAUGGUAGAAGUCUUCAUGGACGAUUUCUCAGUCUAUGGAGCAUCCUUCUCCUCAUGUUUGUCUAACUUGUGCAGGGUGUUGCAGAGGUGUGAGGAGACCAAUCUAGUACUCAACUGGGAGAAGUGCCACUUCAUGGUUCGAGAAGGGAUUGUGCUUGGACACAAGAUUUCCGAGAAGGGGAUCGAGCUCGAUCGAGCUAAGGUGGAUGUCAUGUUGCAGCUCCCUGUUCCCAAGACUGUGAAGGACAUAAGGAGUUUUCUGGGUCACGCAGGGUUCUACAAAGAAGGACCCUUGACAAGGAUGCAAGGAGACAGAUUUUGA